CGACAACCACAGUGUGAUUUUGAUAUCACUGUGAUUUCGUGAGAGGAACUUCAAGCUCAUGGAUCGAACCGGAGAACCAAGUUUCCCUAGACGAAGGCAUCGAACUUUUGAGGAAUCAAAGGUGGACUUGCAGAAGGAGACCUUGAAGAACCAUGAUCGAGAUUCAUUCACUAUUAGCAAGAGAAAAGAGGCCCUCGAAGUGUAGAAAAUGAACAGGAUUACGAGCUCGAAAACGUGCCCAAGAAGGCUCGUUCAUCCAAUGUUUCUGUUCGAAAAAAGAAGUUGAUUGGAUACCAGGCGCACUUCUUGCAGACAUCCGCAUCAUUUUCAUUGACUGAAGACGACAUUGAAACUGAGAUAGCUGAGCUUUUGAAUGGAUUGAAGACCAACAGGAAUCAGGAUUCCUCAGUAAAGCUCAAAACCAAUGGCCCAUAUUGUACCAGACGCAAUUCUAAGACCUCAAUUCCUUCCCAUAGUAUUCAUUCUCAUCAAUCUAUGGAUGAUGAAAGAAGGAAGGUUAUGAAGAACAAUACGUCUUCUCCUCUGGCUUCAAAGAGUUCAGCUGCCGAGUUAGUUAAAAACAAAACAUCUGUUUUAGACAAGGACAUUAAGAAAGUCAAUUUGGAACCAUCGUCAUGUUGUAAGUUGGACGUUGAUAUAAAGGCUACCGCUGAUACGAGAGGGAUUUCUAUGGUAUUGGGUGCCAAAAACCAACAAGAAGAGAAGUUAACUAUUGACCAUAUGGUGAGAAUCCUUCUAAGUGAAUAUCAAUUACUUUCCUAAGUUUCUGCUUCUUAAGUAUAUGACUAGGGCCUUUUAGCAGGCUCCUCUCCUGCAGUGUUAUCCCCAGAAAGGGAUGACUUGUCGAGGGGUAAUCUCACAUCAGAAACUAGACCUUUGGCGUUGGAUGUGGAAAAAAAGGGAAAUAACAUCAAGAUGGAAGAUAAGGAGGAAAGACCAACUAAGGAGAUGAAGAUGGACGCGUCGAACGAAAAUUAUGAUGUAAUAAAGAUUGAUUUAGAGGUGCCAAUGAAAGAUGAUGGCAUUUUGACAAGAGAUACAUUAGAAGAGGACAAUAAGCAGGAGCAACCUCCUGAGAUGACAAACUACGAAGUGAAGAAAACUGUCUCUUUGUCAUCCUCUGUACCGGCAUGGUCAAGAAAUCUCCCUCCUCUUGGAUACGUUCCACCGACCUUGCAGCCAAUUGUGAAGACAGAUAAAACCAUAGGAUCAUCAGCAGCCCUGCAACUUGUUGAUUUUGUGCUUUCUCCAUCUCCACCUAAGCGCUGUGCAACCCAUCAUUACAUCGCUCGCAGCAUCUUCUUGCACCAGCAGCUUUUAAGGGCGAACCACAUUGAGCCAGCAGCUGUUAAUUCUAGUUCUUUAUGUGGCACAAAGCCCAGCAAUGUUAAUGGUGUGCCAACUCCAGAAAGUAUGAUCAUUGGGAAACAAUCACAAAAUGAUUUUCCCGGUGUAAACGAAAAUGCUACACAAGUGAAGAACGAAUUGGCUGCUUCAAAAUUUCCUAGUCUUGACACAAAUAAAGGCCCUGAUGCUAGCAGCUCAUUGGAUUCAAUGCAAAUGGAACAAAAAGGUCCAUAUCGUACCUCAGCUGGCAAUCUAAUGCAUCAACCAUCUUUAGCAACAAUAGCAGCUAGUCAUGCGAGAGGUGGGAACUCAAGCUAUGCUUCCUCUUCUGAUAAUUCCAUUAGUUUCUUUGCUGGAUCACUAGGUGAAACUGCAUCAGUUAGAGGUGUUAGCCCUGCUCCCUCAUAUGCAUUAGCUCAACCAAGUUACCUAAAUUCAAGCACCUCGAUUGAUUUGUCAUCAUCUCAUAAGAAAUCAUCUGGGGUAAACGUUAGUGCCAAUACAUUUUGUCCUCUCCCGUAGCACAACUACAACAAUCUCAAAAGCAAAGCACCUUGCAGUCUCAUCCUCUCAAGCUCGUGACUGAGACUUGUCAAGAGAAAGCUCCAUCUAUUGUUGGUCAAACAUCUUGUUCCCAAAGAAUGUGUAUAGCCAGAAAUUCACAUUUCCAAUUCAGCCGGUAAACUUUUCCUUUAGGCCACCUACAACAUCAAAUAGCAUUGGAGGCAAGAACGAAAAUUUUGGUGACGGGCAACAAGAGGCUUUAAAGGGUGGUUUUGAGCUUGUGUCUUCUCAAACAUUUGCUAUAUCAUUUCACAGUCUACCUAGUGUUGCUUGGCAGGGAUGUCAUUCUGCAUGGACUACGCAUACGGCACAUCAGACAAAUUCUUCAAUAUCUGUAGCGAAGAACGGAAGCAAUUCUACCCACCAAGAUUCUGAGAAGAAAGUCAAUUCUGGGAAAUCAUCAACCAGUGGGCCAACCACACUUGUUUUUGAUGACUCAUCAAAGUAUCUUAGUUUUGUGUUAUCCCCUAAAAAUGAAACUUGGCCUGGUCAUCAUUCUAUGAUUUCAACUACAAAGACAUCAAAUGCCCCUUUUCUCGGUAAUGCUUCAAGUUCUCAACAUCUGCUUCAGCUUCACAAGGAACAUAAUGUGAAACAACCACCACCUCCUAUGGCUACACAAUUUAAAGCAUCCAACAGUACUAUUAUAGAACUUGAACAAGGAAGAGUUUUACAUGAUCAUGCACAAAUAUCUUUUGGAGGAAACCAUAAAUCAUUCCCACCGUUGCAAGUCCAACAUCAACUCAAUAACAGCCUAUCUUCAAACAUUACAUUUGCAGGAUAUCUCCCUAAAGGUAGCAACACAGAGACAAAUUGCCAAGGAGGCAAAGUUGGUUCGACUGUUAAUGCUUUGAAGACUUGAAGAGCUGAGAAUUCUUUAAUCGAGAUUGGCCAAAACUUUUCUCCAUCAAGCAGUUGAAAUUCUCAUCCAUCUCAACAUCAGACCCCAACUACCUAAAUGAGGUGGUAUUGGAAUAUUUUGCUUCCUCAGGAGAUUGAAGAAGCUUCAAUGUGGAACAGUCAUAUUAAAUCAAUCUUGCAACAGGAAGGGUAGAAUCAAGAUGAUGUUGGGAAGGAAGUGGAUGAAGAUUAAAGGAAGUUGGGCACUAUAUGGCCUACAUUUUUGAAAUCGAAGUAGGACUACCAUCUUUUUCAUGCUUUUUUUUUUUUUUUGGGUUAGCUUCUUGAAGAUUUCUAAAUCAACAUUACAUGUCGAGCGCAAUGCUAUUAUGUAUGUAGAUACUUUAACUUCUUCUGUUUUUUUUGGCUGCUCUGACAAGAAAUGUACUAACUUUGUUCAAUUUGUAUUAACCAGAAUCUAUGUUUAUUA